UAUAUAAACAUCGUGAGUGCUCAUAGUUUGCAACAUUUCACACAUUAUGGACCUUUUAAAAUGAAUUUUAUUUUAUUAAUUGGGUGUCUUUUGUUUUCGAGCGCAAGUGGCCGUUGUCCAGACGGCUUUGUGACGUUCGGGCUAUCCUGUUACUACUUUAGCCACGACGUUGGAACCUGGAUAGGCUCGCAGGUAGCAUGCAACCAGGCAUUUUUUCCAACAAAAGCGAAUCUUGUGGAAAUCAAUGACCAGGAAGAGAACCAUUUCCUGUAUCAACAAGCUAAGGCAACUCAAAAAGAUUACUGGGUAGGAGCCUCGGACUUGCAGAUUGCUGGAAUGUACCGAUGGCUCUCGGGAAAAGUAGUAAGCGCUUCUAGUAGUCACUGGAUACCUGGACAACCUAGCCGAGGGCCGGAACACUGCAUGAAUAUACUGCAAGGGGUAUCUACAUCAAAUUGUUGGAACGACGCACCCUGUAACAGUCUCUAUUAUUUUAUCUGCGAGACUCCAGCAAAUUAAGCAAGUGUUUAAAAUACACGGUAUGACAACACCUGAUUCCGUCAAGGAAACAUACGUUCAUGUGUUAUUUUAUAAUCUUAAUUUCUGUUUAUUCUUUUAGAAGACCAUGUGUUCAUAUACUUAUAACAUAAUGUCACAGUUUCAUCCAAUGGAUACAUAAUUAUACAAAUUAAGCGAAAUAUUUCAUACUAUAUCAAGAGUCCUAAACAAUUUGAGCACAUACUUUUGAUGAUAAUGUUUAUACAUUUCAAAAAAUAACGCAAGGAUGUAAGAAAUUUAACGGAAUUUUCAGCUCGAUAUAAGGAUGACAUUUAAGGAGACUAUAUUACAUUUGCUUUGCUAUAUUAUAUA